AUGAGUGCGCGCAGCGACAGCGGCGCCGAGGACGACGACGCGUACGCGGAGCUCGACCGCCUCGACGCGCACCACGCGCUCGCGCACCUGCACAGCGCCGACGCCCACGCGCUCCUCUCGGCGCUGCACGACGACGCCGUCUCGCCGUCGCUCCGCGCGCUGCUCGAGCAACUCCACACCCCCACCCCUAGCGCCACUUCAACUUCCGAGUCCGCGCCGGCGCGCGCGCACUCAUUGCCGCGGGCCGACCUUUCCGCCAAUCAGACGCGCCCGUGUUUCUUCCAGCACCUCGUGAGCCAAUUGCAAGCGCCCGCGCCAACCGCGACGCAGCUCGAAGCGCUCGCGACGCUCUGCGAGACGCUGUCGCUGUCCACGGAAGACGCGCUGGCGGUCGCGGGCUUCCGUGUGGACGUCUUUGUGCCGCUGAUCGUCGCGCUGCUGCGCCAGUCACCGUCUAUGGACGUGCUCCUGUUGGCGGCGCGCGCGCUGUCGAUGGCGCUCGAGCUGUUCCCCAGCGCGGCGAUCCCAUUGGCUGCGAGCGAGCACGUGAUUGGCGCUUUGUGCGCGAAGCUCGUGGCGAUCGAGUACAUUGACGUGGCGGAACUGGCUCUCCAGAUGCUCGAGACCAUUGUGUGCAAAGCAGAGACCGCGCUCCGGGCAGCGAGCAGCAGUCGGCUGGUGAUGAUACCGGUCCUGUCGUCGGCGUCAGCGGCGCCCGCGCACGUUGCGAAGCUGUGCGCGCAGUACCGCCUGCAGGUUAUCCAGGAGAACGGAUUCGUUGCCGUGUUGCAGUUUAUCGACUUUUUUCCACUGGAGAUCCAACGACGCGCUGCGCGGAUCGUGAGCCAAUUGGCUACGGACUUUCCACUGUCCAUGAAGACGCAACUGCGUCACGGGCUGCCGUUUCUCACCAAUCUCUUGCGCUCGCUGGACAACGAUAUCGUGCAGAGCAGCGUCGCGUGUUUGCAAAAGCUGGGGGAGAGCCAAGCGUUUGCCCAGGACCAAGCGUUUGCCCGGAUGGUUGCAACAGAGGAGAUCUGUGCACUGCUCGUGGAUAAGCUGACGUGGUACGCAGGUGUGGACGGAGCAGGCGGUGCUGUAGCUGCGACGGCGGCACCACUGUCGUCGCAAUUGGCACCUGCGGGGUACACUAGCAUCUUGCGCUUUUUCUCGUGCCUCCUGACUUGUGUGCCAAGUGACGUGGACGAGAUGGCGCACGUUUUGAGUACGUCGUACUUGCGCUUUGUCAAGUUGCCACCGAUUGUGACAGCGUUGCUGGCUAAGCAAGAAGUCAUCUCGGAGAACCAGCUGCUCCGCGAGACCCUCAAGCUGGUGCUAGUCGUCGUGCCGUUUGCAGACGAUGUUUCGCCAGCAGGUGAAGCAAUUCCACCGGCAACGCUCACGUUGGCACACGGUAUGUUGCCGCUGAUCACUCGCGUGUAUGACGCAACUUCCCGACCAGAUUUGCGAUGCGAUUGUCUCGGCGUCAUAUCUCGAUGUUGCUCAUUGGUAUAUGCUACUCAGCAGCCUUUCAAAAUCCAAGAACGAACUGAGUUGGCGCGACUUGCCGCUUUUCUUGCACGGGUGCUGCGUCCCAAGCGUGCUGCCACGACAGCGAUAGCUUCUGCGAAGCACAAAGCGGAUAACGAUGUUGCGCUGAUACAGCUAGCGCUGAGAAUCGCCGUGAUGCCUCUACAGCAUGCUGGUGCUCAAGAGGCGGCAAAAGAAGAGUACGAGCGGUAUGGUGUCACAAGUAUCAUCCGCCAUUACGCGUCUACUAUCCUCGAGCCCGAAGAAGACAAAGAUGAGAGUGAUUUGCAGAAUAUUCGCGCCAUCGCGAAUCGGCUUGUUGGUGAUUAUUUGGGUGACGAAAAUUCGAUGAUAAGUGUAAUGGCUGCGUUUGAGCGGCUUGUGGACGAGCUGCAAACAGCGCUGGCUUUUAGUAACACGACCAGAAAUGAUCAGACCACGCCGCUGCUCGAUGUGCUGGUACAGCUGCGAGAGUUCGUCGUGAGAGGAAAUGACACGUUGACUGCCCAUGAGAUUGCUUGCAGCGGAUUAGUGAAUGUGCUCAUUCGUGUUUUAUCGUUCGACAAGGGCCAGCGAGCGUUUUCCCAGAUGAUAGAGAUGCAAGGAACUGACGGCGGUGGGCUCGAAUUUGUGACAUUGCUUUCGCGAUGUUUGCAAGAUGCAAUCUCUUCUGAGAAGGAUGUGUUUGUGGUUUCUGCCGCGGGAUCGUCGUCUAUGAAUCUUUCGUCUGGUAGCAUUGUGACGGAUCUGGACCAACUAACUCAGCAUAUCAAGGUGCACGUGUUGAUUGAGGAAGCAAAACAAACGUCUGAGUCUGGCAAUGAAGACCAAGGUAUCGAUCACGCAGACAGUGGCUAUCACGACGACGUGGAGAUGGGUAGGGCGAAACGAACUUUGUCGGCCCAAAAUCGAAAGAGCAAGUGCGACUUGAACAAGUGCAGUGUCCACGACACAGUCGUGCUAGUGGAACCUCUCGCUCGGAUUGAAACGAUGGAAGACUUUAUUGCGGAUAAGCUGUUUGGUAGAGAUCGGGACGCUGAUGUUAUUUCUGAUGAAUUGUCAGAAGAAGACGAUGACAGCGGAGGCGCCGAGCUCGAUGGUCGCGAAGGGUUCCACAACGAUGAUAUAGAUCCGCGAAGAGUGGUUGCGGUGUACAAAGGGCGAGUGCUUCCAGCAGACAUGAGUAUCUUGGAGGCUAUCGUAAAGUUUGGAGCGAUCGGCGCGACUGAUCAUGUGGAGUCCGACUUGGAAGCUCGCCGAUCGACGUCCAGGGGCUUGCCGACGUCCGGAUCUGCUUUAUGGACAGCAUCGCCUCAUGAUAUCACGUUUCGAGUAGCAGCUGUCCCAGUCUCGGCAGAUGAUAUUGUCACUCCGGAGUCUACUGGUGAGAGCCGUCAAACUGUUGCGGCAUCGUCUUUGUCGUCGGAACCGGCAGUCGUUGAUGUGGUGGAGCAGUGGUGGGACGAUGUGUGGGACUUACUGGCGCUGCUAAAGCUUUUGCGAGAGCAGUGUGUUAGGAGGCCGUUUGGAAUGCAGCUAAAUUUCGUGAACAGCUACCUUAGCCUCCAGGUGCGCCGUGCACUGCAGCAGCCCGUAAACAUCGUAGCCAACCACCUGCCAAAGUGGUGUUCUCGUCUCGUGUAUGAGUUUCCGUUCGUGCUUGAGUUUGAGACACGGCAUCACUUUAUGUAUGCGACAACGUGCGGGUGCUCAAGAGCCAUUCAGUAUUUAUGUCGGUCGGUGUGGAAAAAAGCUGUGAUGGAAGAACCAGCCCAGACGCGCCAGGCCCGAUCCAGCGUCACUGGCGGCCGGCGUCGAUACCGCGAUGCAACUAGUCGUACACAGACGUCCGCCCUGGACAACAUUAUGCAAAUGGUGAAGCUUCCUCGGCUGAAAGUGCGGGUAGCACGGUCGCGCCUUUUGCAGUCGGCGAUAAAGCUGUUGACAUUGUACGGUGGGAAAAAGGCAGUGAUCGAGAUUGAGUUUCUUGGCGAAGUGGGCACUGGUCUGGGGCCGACAACAGAGUUCUUUACUCUAGUGUGCCAGCAGAUACAGUCCAAGCAGUUGCAGCUUUGGCGGGAUGAUGAUGACCAGGUGGUGUCUGGAGCUACUCAUAGCGCAGAUGACGAGCAAAAGCGAAAACAUGAUGGCGCCGACAUAGACUCGACCAAGACGAACCAGGCCAAUGGCUCGUUAGCUAUACGAGGGUACCAUCGCGUCGCAGUAUACCACUGUUCGCAUUGCAAGGCACUUUACAUUCCGGUAUGUCCCGUCCACCAACAGUUGCUCACGCGCGAGAACAGAGGUGCAGAUAGCGAGGGAGAUACCACUGACAUUGACCCAAGCCAAACGUGCGGGAAGGAUAGUGCGUGUGCAGUACCAGAGCGACGGCAACCUCCAAGCGAUUCCAUCCCGCAGUGUGCGCGAUGUUUGGACAACCACAACUGGCAUCUUGCAGCGACUUCCUGCGACUGCAGUUCAGAUGACGAUGCGGAAGGGAACGACAGCACGGCGAAGCCUGCAGUUGGCUACAUGCUCAAGUGGUGGAUUCUGAGUGAUGAAGAAGCACAGUACCUUGCCAAGGUGUUUCCUACGGAUACCAAGCGCGUACAGCAUCCCGUCCUGCAGUGUGCGCACUGUGAUACGGUGAACUUUCCCGGCACAGAUGCCGGUAUUGUUGUCAUGGAUGGAAAUCGCAUGGUCUCGCGGUCGGGUCGACGUAUGUUUGAGAGGGACUAUCGUGCCGUGACAAAGCAUGUAUCGCCCUUGUGUGAAGGCACUCCGUUGAAUGUCAUGAUAUCUGCAAUCACGCGAAAGGACGUGGAGAUGCUGGUGGAGAAUCUCGCACGCAGUCCAGAUGUGCUGGAGUCGGAGGUGGAGUCGCUGAAUUAUCUCAGUGAGGCUGCUCUACUGAACGGCACCGUCGGCGGCGGUCCACCUGUGACGGCUCCUUUUGGUCUGUACCCAAAGCCGUACCUCAGCGACAGCGAAUUGGACGCGAGUAGAACGUCACUCGACAGUAUGGCCGGGCCGAAUGGUUCCGACAGCCUGGAUGACGAUGCAUGUUCAUUCAGUGGGGACGAGGUAAACGCGCUAGCAUGGUUCCGGUUCUUGGGCCGCUUCGUGAGUCAAGCUAUCCUAGACGAGCGGCUGCUGAACUUGCCGUUUGCCCGUCCAUUUGUGCGAGCGUUGCGCGGCGAGACACUGGUAGGCGACGGUGUGAGCGUGGAGUCAUCGCUUUCUUUCGUCGAAGAGCUGGACCCGGUGCUGGCCAACUCGCUGCGCUACUUGCACGAUCUAGCGGUCAAGUAUGCCAUGAAGAGGGCGUCGGGAGACGUCGAGCCAGACGAUGACGACGUGGCUGCGUGGACGAUGGAGGUGGACUCGCUGUGCUGCUCGUUCACGAUGAUUGGCGCCGACGAGAUUCCGCUGCAACCGGGCGGCCAGGACAUUCCCGUGACACUGUCGACCCUGCAUCAGUACGUGACGCUGAAUCUCGAGUUCCUGCUGGACCGGACAAUCAAGAGCCAAGUGCAGGCGUUCAAGCAAGGGUUCGAGCAGAUUUGCGGCGGCAAAGGAGACCGUCGGCUCUUUCACUUCCUGCCGGUGUUUGACGUGCCCGAGCUCGAAGCGUUGCUGAGCGACCGCAGCGCUAGCGGCUCCAUCUGGGACCGUGACGGCGUCGACUUGUGGGAACACCUGGUGUGCGACCACGGGUACACGUCCGACAGUCGUGCGAUCGCCAACCUCGUGUCGAUUCUGUGCGAGCUGUCGUUGGACGAGCAGCGUCUGUUUGUGCGCUUCGUCACGGGUGCCAAUCGCCUGCCGCUGGGUGGACUGCGCAACCUCGAGCCGAAACUCACGGUCGUGCGCAAACUCGUGCAGACCAGCGACGGCUCCCGUGCCGAGGCAAACGACGCCGUGCUGCCGUCGGCGUCCACGUGCACGAACUACUUGAAAUUGCCCGACUACUCGACGCGUGAGGUCAUGAAGCAGCGGUUGCUGUAUUGCAUCCACGAAGGCCAGUGCAGCUUCCACCUCUCGUAG